GAAUUUGCCAUGUCUCUUUUUAGGUGUACUCAUCUUUUGCUACAGGACCUAGACAAAGCGAUGGAACGUUCUAUGAAUUUCGUACCUAUUCUCUUAAGCCUUCAAAGAUGAAUCAGUUUCUGGAAAAUUUUAAGAAAAACGUACACCUUCGGACAGCUCACUCUGAAUUGGUUGGAUACUGGAGUGUAGAAUUUGGAGGCAGAAUGAAUAAAGCAUUUCAUAUUUGGAAGUAUGAUAAUUUUGCUCAUCGCAUUGAAGUUCGGAAAGCCUUGGCCAAAGAUAAGGAAUGGCAAGAACAAUUCCUCAUUCCAAAUUUGGCUCUUAUGGAUAAACAAGAGAGUGAGAUUACGUAUCUGGUACCAUGGUGCAAAUUAGAAAAGCCUCCAAAGGAAGGAGUCUAUGAACUGGUUACUUUUCAGAUGAAACCCGGUGGGCCAGCUGUAUGGGGUGACACAUUUAAAAAGGCAAUUAAUGCCCACGUCAUUCUAGGCUACUCCAAACUAGUUGGAGUUUUCCACACAGAAUAUGGAGCACUCAACAGAGUUCAUGUUCUCUGGUGGAAUGAGAGCGCGGAUAGUCGUGCAGCCGGGAGACAUAAGGCUCAUGAGGAUCCCAGAGUCGUGGCGGCUGUUCGGGAAUGUGUCAAUUACCUAGUGUCUCAGCAGAAUAUGCUUCUGAUUCCUACAUCGUUUUCACCGUUGAAAUAGUUUUCCACUGAAAUACAAAGCAUUUCAAGAACUGUCUUAAGAUGUGUCUGCUAAUGGUACUUAAAUGCUCCCAAGGGUGUCUCACUCUUAUUUGAAGAAGGUGGUAAGUUAAUUCGCUAUGUCUCUGCAUUUCUAAAGCCACCUCUGUUCUUUGUCAUUGCCACCUCCGAAGGUAGUUCUGUUCAUUGUCCCUCCCCAUGGCAUUUCAGUAGCUAUACUGUAGAAAUAGUUGCCACUAUUUAUGAUCUUGAUUUUUCAUUUUUUUUCAAAAUAUCUCUUAUUCUCUAUUUUGACGACCCUUUGCUUUAUAGCAUUUUCUUAUAUUUAAAUGAUGUUUUUACAUUUCUCUGCCUGACAGUAUUUUAAAAUUAUUUACAUGCAAUGUCUGUAUUUUCAACAUGUCUGUUUUUUCUGAGAUUUAAAAAAAAUAAUUUGCCCAGUAAAAUUUAUUUUGUGAUAGCAAAAGGGAUUCGUAAAAAUAUCAGAUCAAAUGUAUUUCUUUACUUUGGGAAAGUGCAGUAUCACUGUGUCAUCUGUAUCAAUUAUGGUUUUCACAUUAAUUGUUUGUCACUCUAAUUUGGAAAAUAAUGUAAUUAGUUCUCAAUGUUAAAAAUAACUUCAGAAGACUUGUUUCAUAUGCUGAAAUGUAUAAAUGUAUAGUUAAUUUUAUUAAUUUUGUUCAUUUUGGAUGACUAACAAAGAUACCUGGGACAUCUAUUAGUUUUAAAAGAGAUUUUGUGGUCGUGGAAAUGCUUGCCCUAAUAAAAGCCUACACAUCCAUUCUGGA